CGGGAAUCACCAAUUUUUCGACUCCAGAUACCAUCCCAAUUCGAGUGUCUCCUGCGUUGACCAUCGGUCUGCUCUAGAUUUCUAGACCAUUCCACAGGUGUAACGCAAUCAAGAGUACCAAUUUAAUCAGGGGAAGUGCGCCGACUAUAAAAGAGCGGCUCACUCUCAGCUCAGCCAUCAGUACUACAUUAUUAUAUUCUCUCGACUUUCAAGACAGGACACCACUCGUCCAAGAUGUAUACCUUCAGAGAACGUUUCCACUAUGGUAAAGAAUAAAUCGGCGAAAAAUGGCAAUACCCAAAAGGCUGCCGUCGAGGACAGCCGCCGGCGGAAGGUUCAAGAGACCGCCGACAAAAAUGAUGUUUCCGAUUUGUGUAAACGGCUAUCCGCCGUGAGCGUGAACUUCAGGAAGGAAGGCAGGACCGUCUCCAAUCAUCCGCCUUGCAUUCCGCGCAAAGCUUUUCCGCCCGAGUCCAGUCUUACUGUGAUGCAGGACGACUCGGUGAAUGUAAUCCCGCACCUGCAGGACGUGCUGAGUGACAUCCGCAUCGACCUGGAUCGCAAGCGAGAAAACAGGCAGCUGAUCAAUGAUCUGGUUAAGAAUACGUUGAUUAACGCCCUGAAGAGUAGGUGCGAAAUUUUCAAACACUUGUUUCGCGAAGUGGCUUUCGUUGGAAGUUUUUACGAAGGCUUAAAAAUCACUGAUGCGGAUGAAUUCGAUCUAAACAUCGUGCUCAAACUUCCUUUCGGUGCCACGACUCCAUAUGAGGUUGGCGAAAUUAAGAGAGCACCAGGGCACAUGUUCCUAAAAUGGGAACCUGCGCAUCUCGACAGGCUUAAGAAAAGCACGGAACCCAAACUCAAGCCAAUUUUUAAUUGGGUCGACGAGGACGGAUAUUUGCUUGUUAGCAAAGUGCAUCGUUAUUGGGAGAGCUUGAUGGACAAGUAUAUGGCUGACAUUGAUAAUGAAUUGCGCCAGGAAGUGAAUGACUUAGGCUGGAGCAAAAGUGGGCCGGCAAUAACUCUAUACUUUGAUGAUGUGGCGGUGGACCUUGUGCCUGCCUUUGCUUUUCCAUGGAAUGAAAUUCCGCCACCGCAUGUCAAAAACCCUCAGAUUAUUUUACCUGAUCACAAAAAUCUGCGUUGGUUUGUCGUCCCUAAACCGCUGAAGGAAAAGGGGCUUGAGAAAGCUUGGCGUCUCUCUUUUAGUGAGCAUGAGAGGGAAAUGAUCCACGAUUUCGGUUGGCUCAAACCUGCCAUCAAAAUUGUUAAACGCCUUAGAGACAAACAGAAUUGGAAAGUUCCAGAUAGCUUCUCCAUCAAGACGGUCGCCUUGUGGGAAAUUGAAUGCGGAUAUCUGCGUCAGGAGGACAAGCUGGAUUUGGCGUUUGAGAAGCUUGUCCGGGGACUGAUUUACUUUUUAGAAGUCGGAUUUUUACCACUCUUCUGGGACCACCGCUGCAACAAAUUUGAAGAAAUGAACCCCGAAGAUGGAUUGAGCAAAAGCAACUUCCUUAACAAAUAUUUCCAGACUUCUGAUAACGUCAUUGAGCUAUGCAGAAAGAUUGCUGAUUAGACUAUACUCCUAUCCUUACAAUUUUUAUACAAAUGUUAGUUGAAUUUUCAAAAAUAUUCUUAAUAUGGUUCUUAUUUGCGUUUCAUACGGAUAAUAAUACCAGUGCCACUCUUGGAGGAAAAUAAUCUGACAAGUAUUUUAAACUGUCAUGAUUACAAUUUAAUGUCAAGCGCGUGCUCACGGUGAAUUCUACUUUUGUUUUGCUAUUGAAUUAUAUCAAUGAAAUGUUAUUAAUCAAAUUUUUUAGAGUUUAAUGCUGUCAUUUAUUGCAAUAAAAGUAUUUUAGCUUUAAAAAUAUACAAUUUGGAAACUGAAA